AUGAUAGAUCUAUCAUUUCGUUCCUUCCAACGACUCUAUGUCAACUCCUCUAACCAUGCUUACCACCUUACCUCCCCCCGGCCGAUUUCGGUAAACUCAUCGAUCCUCCCCCUGUCCACCGUCUCGACCCAUAAAACGCCCAGUCGAUGCACGAGCGAGGAAAUCCAUAAUGAUGAUGUCGAUUCAAUGCAUUCGCUUAAUGCGUCGUUUGAGUAUCAUCCCAGAACGGAUGUGGAAAUGGAAGAUUGCGAGACCAUAACCGAUGUUUCACAUCAAGUAAAUCGAAACAGUGUUCAGUUCCAGAACCUACCUAUCGAGAUACAUGAGGCGAUAUUGGAUCAUUUGUUUGGCGAGCGAGCGUCUGCUGCCAACAGUAACGCUCAUGGGCCGGGUUCUCGCAGUUGGGUCAAAGCCUUACGGCACCCUAGAAGAAAGGCCCUUUCCAAUUUGACCUUGAUAUCGCCGCUGUGGAGGAAUCUGGUACAGGAACGAAUCUAUCGGCACAUCAAAGUCAAGGGCACCAAGGACGGACUCGCCGAAUGCGAAAGUUGGUUCGUACUCCAUCCCCAUCUUGUACCCCACGUUCGUCACAUCGAAGUCUGGGUCCCUGUUUGGGGAAAUCGUGCCCAGAAGAAUACGGCUACAUAUCCUCGUGAAUAUUUACCGGCGCGCCGAUACUUGAAUGAGGAUAAUGGUCUGGCGGGGGUAAAUGCUGUUUUGCAGGCUACCGUUGCUAGGUGGGAAGACCAUGACCAUGGACAUCGCGGUUCAAACAAUUUUGCCUUUCAUGUAGCCUGUCACAAUGCUAGUCUCGAAGAGAUAUUUUGGCAUGUAGGGUCAAAUUUUCCUGCAGCACAAAUUCUCACUCUCGAAGCUGGCCAUUGUAAGAAACCACCCUUGAUUACGCAUUUUGCCAAGGAUCCAUCGGGUUUGCAAGGCCAACACCAUCUUAUCCAACUCCCGAACAUCAGAACGCUUGUCAUGCGCGGUGCCUGGAAUAUAAUGCGGGAUUAUCGGCAUUGGGUGACAAUUUCCGAUGCCUUGCCUUCGUUACGAGAAUGGCAUUGUGCGUAUGCAAAGCCAAAGGUUGAAGGAUAUCAGACGAUCUACAGGGCACUGUCAAAUUUGUCGUCGAGUGUGGUGCACCUCAACAUCAGUCUGGAAGGGUUCCAUAGCAAAGAUCAGUCACAUUGGUAUGGUGAACGGGCGAGCCACCAUCACCAUCUCUGCCGACUACUAGGUGACAUCGCGCCGCGUUUGGAACAUCUCAGUUUCACGGGUAACGUGUGUGCGAGCCUUUUCAAUGCCGCUCGAACGGCUGUUGCCCAUCGGCCUCAAGACGCCAGGCUCAAGUCGCUCGAUCUUGUUGUUAAGACAUGCUGCCAAGAGCCAAAUAGCGAGUCAUCAUUUCCGCUACUGGAGGAACCAUCUGGGAUUACGAAUCUGAAAUUCAUUCAGUCGUUUGGAAAACUAGUUUUAGGCGCGGUCCGCUCACUGGACACAUAUCUCGCCUUGUCGUACAUUCGUAUCCGCUUCAUCGAUCUCGACUCCACAUGCGCUCUCCUCAACCCAUACUUUCAAAUGUCCGACAGCGAAUGCACAGGGCUGUGGAAUGUCCAAAUCAUUGAAACCCUGGCGCGAGUGCGCCCAUCAAGUCAAUUCGCGCAGCUGUCUGAUGGUAUUUAUCCUCAAUUCGGCCCUGACAAUACAAUAAUCGGUGCUGUGUAUCCUCGUACGCGACCAUUGAGCAUCAAUGCCAACAAUUACAAAAUCCUGUCCGACGCGGCAAAGUCAUAG